GCCGUACGGCGUUUCAUACUUUUGAAACCACUUGACUAGGCGAGCUGUCUCUACAACGAGAGAUUGAAGGAAAAAAAAAAAAAAACAUCAUGACAAGCAACAAAUACGACGUAAUUGUUAUUGGAGGAGGCAUCUCAGGUCUGACGGGGGCCAAGCUGCUAGUUGAAUCUGGCCUGAAUGUACUGGUGCUGGAGGCACGAGACCGGGUAGGAGGAAGGACCUUCACUGUCAGGAAUAAACACUGCAAGUAUGUCGACCUCGGAGGAGCAUACGUGGGCCCCACUCAAAACCGCAUCCUGCGUAUUGCCAAGGAAUUGGGCAUUGAGACGUACAAGAUCAACGAGGUGGAGAAUCUGGUCCAUCACGUGAAGGGAAAGUCUUAUCCUUUCAAGGGAUCUUUUCCUCCCAUGUGGAAUCCAUUUGCUGUGAUGGAUUUCAACAACCUCUGGAGAAAGAUGGAUGAAAUGGGAAAGGAGAUCCCUAGAGAAGCGCCAUGGAAAGCACCACAUGCAGAGGAGUGGGAUAAAAUGACCAUGAAGGAACUUUUCAACAAACUCUGCUGGACAAGCACGGCCCGGAAGUUUGCCAACCUGUUUGUGAAUGUGAACGUCACCUCGGAGCCUCACGAAGUCUCAGCUCUCUGGUUCCUGUGGUACGUCAAGCAGUGCGGAGGAACCACGAGGAUAUUUUCCACUACCAACGGGGGGCAGGAGAGGAAGUUUGUGGGUGGUUCAGGCCAGUUGAGUGAGCGGUUGAUGGACCGGCUUGGGGACCGAGUGAAACUGGAGAGGCCGGUGUGCAGCAUUGACCAGAGCGGGGACAACGUGGUGGUGGAGACCCUGAACCACGAGAAAUACGAGGCCAAAUACGUCAUCAUUGCCACAGCUCCAGCACUGAACCUGAAGAUGCACUUUAAGCCCCCGAUGCCCCCCCUGAGAAACCAGCUGAUCCACCGCGUCCCCACUGGCUCUGUCAUCAAGUGCAUGGUCUACUACAGAGAGGCUUUCUGGAGGAAAAAGGGUUACUGUGGCAGCAUGUUGAUUGAGGAUGAAGAAGCCCCAAUUGGCCUGACACUGGACGACACCAAGCCAGAUGGCUCUAUCCCCGCGAUCAUGGGUUUUAUUCUCGCUAGCAAGGCCAGAACAUUGGCAAGUUUGACCAAAGAAGAAAGGCUGAGCAGGAUUUGUGAAAUAUACUCCAGAGUCCUUGGGUCCGAAGAAGCAUUGCAUCCUGUGCACUACGAGGAGAAGAACUGGUGCGAGGAGGAGUACUCUGGGGGCUGCUACACUGCAUACUUCCCUCCAGGCAUCAUGACACAGUAUGGAAAAGUCCUUCGGCAGCCUGUGGGCAAGCUGUACUUUGCUGGGACUGAGACAUCCACUGAAUGGAGUGGCUACAUGGAGGGGGCAGUGCAGGCUGGGGAGAGAGCAGCCAGGGAGAUUCUCUGUACUAUGGGGCUGAUCUCUGAAAGUGACAUCUGGAAGCCUGAGCCGGAGUCAGUGGAUGUACCAGCACGACCCUUCACCUCAACGUUUUGGGAGAGGAACUUGCCGUCCAUCCCAGGCUUCUUGAAAGUGAUUGGAUGGUCUACGUUCCUGACCUCUGCCACAGCUGUGGGCCUUAUGGCUUGCAAAAAGGGUUGCUUUACCCGAAGCUAAGUCAAAAAGACUUGGUUUAGAGGCUUCUACAAAAUGUCUUUACCUUAUGCCUUUUCUGUUUCUGUCACUCUCAUGGUGUCCCCAUUUUUUUCUCCUCCAUAAUGUAUUGGGAACCAGGGAAAUUUAAACUACUUUAUUUUGUUUAAAUCACAGCCUCACAUUUUACCACAUAAUUGUUUUAAAGAAAACUUACUAGUAUAAUUUUGAAGAUUGUUUCGUCAUGUCUGUUAGAUUGAACUUCACCUCAAGCCAACUGAGUCAGAAAACCAUUCUUCCUUGUUUAUUCAGUAGAAAGCAGGAUCUAAUUCGGACAACAGAAUAAGGAUAGAUUCAAAUUGCUGCUAUCCAUCUUGGAAAAUGGGAAGAUGCUAGAUCUACAGUAUUUACUGUUUUCCACAAUCCCUGCAUUGGCUUUGAGCUAAUAUUUAACAUGGGAUCAGAUGCUGAAAUGCCACUGUUGACAGUUUUGUCGAGUAAUACUACUCUGACUAAGGAUUUUUACUUCGGAAGAAUACAUUGAUUCAUACAUUUGUUACAGUUGGACAUUGUAACCCAUGGGGGUUCGUAGAUGGUGAUUUUUUGUUUAUUGAAGGUUUGGGAGUAAGCACUGCAGCUGCUUUCAUAUUCACACAAAUAUCCAUUGUUAUCACUUUAAUUAAUUUAUAAUGAUUUUAAUUGUAUGGGGCCUCAUUUUCCCAUCACAAAAGUGUUGUUCCAAGCUAGCUUUCUGUCAAGGACUGUGUACCCAACAGUAGCUUGAAUUAGGCCAGUGGUUCUCAGCUGUGGCUCUUUCAGAUCCUUCCUGAACCUUUCUGAAGUACUUAAUUGGACACACAGGUUCAUUUUAAACAAUUAAAUGCCUUAAUGGAACUAAGCUCUGGAUUGUUUAAUUCAUUAAUUAAGGAGAUUUUUGGAAUAUUGGACUGGAGUGAAAAAGCCACAAAUGAGUGCCACCAAAUUACACCAUUAUAAAUGUAUUCCUUGAACACUCAAGAUGCUUUCUGAAGUUUAUCCUCUAUUAAUCUGCAGCUUAACAUCAUUGUCUGUUUGCCAUUACGUAAUUAAGUUAACUAAUUAGGCUCAAUGUGUAGAAAAUAGAAUAUAUAUUUGGAUGCUAAAUAGAUUGUGUCACUGUUCCAAAAAUAUAUUGUCAGUUUUGUCUGUAUCUGACCUUGUGCCUUACUCGAAGUGUGGUGUUAUUACUGCUCAAGUGCCUCUGUGAUUGUGACUGUAUCAGUUUAUUCUCCGUCACCUUUCUUUUCUCUUGUUAAGAUGUGUCACUAGCACAGGGGUUAAGAAAUACCUCCAAUGGGUGGUCUGCCAGUACCUCAUGCCCGUCUUCAGCAGUGUUUUAAGUUGAUUCUUUGCGGCUCCUCUUCCUGGUCCCGCCUCUCUGCACAGUGGAGGAACUAUUGGCGAGUUAACAGCUUUGAUUGGAUAAUCCAAGGAGUUAUGUCAUUUUCUUAAAAGUUGCAUCUUUUAAGCUGUCAUCACCACUACAUUUGGAGAAAAAUAAAACACACAGAACAUGUGCAAGGCAAUGACAAACUGAGAAAUUAGAUGAUCGGAUUAAACAACUGAAUCUGUGGAAUUCGCCACCGUCUACCACACCCAUGUGCUUAAGUUAAGUUUGUUGGCCCUGUCUACACCCUCCUUUUUAAGAGCAUCUUGUAAAAAGUUAAACAUGGAUCCUAGAAAAGCAGUAAACCCCACUGAAAAGAAUCAACUACUUGAAGGAUUGUUUUUAACCCCUGUAGUGUUUUUGGAAGUUUUAAAAUAGUCAACUGUGAAUUUUUUGAAAUACCAAUAAAGAAAAAUGAAUGCACUAAUGGAUCAAUGUUCUGUUCCAUUGCUGUAUCGUGCCAGUGAAAUAUCAGAUUUGCAGUAGCCUCUGUACCAUGUGCUAUAAUUCCACAGCACUCAUUUGUAUCGUCAUGUUUACAGCUUUAUUAUUUUUAUAUAUUAGUUGUUCCACUGCUUUAAAAUGCUGAACAAGCAUCUGACAUCAGAGCUGCUGUGUGUAUGUGUUGUUAAAUUGUCUUUGGCUGGAUUCUAGUGCUGUAGAACAUAUUACUAGUGUGUUUGGAGAUCCUGUACAAUUUGUUUUAAGAGCUAGUAAUAAAAUAAAGUAGCAAUGA